AUGCCCUCCACCUCCACCUCCACCUCCACCUUCACACCUUCAGUGCAGUCUUCCAAGCCUUUCCCUGCCUCUGCCUCCUCGCUGCGCACUCCCUUGUCAUCGCCGUCGCCGUCGGUCUCGCCCUCAUCAUAUUUCUCCACCCGAGCUUUCGCACUCCACGCCAUUCCCAUCUCCUACGCCCUGGCCUACCCGCCGCACCUGUACAUGUUCGCCAAGCUCAUGACCGCGACAAACUAUGCCGCAUCGAACCUCACGCCGCGAGCGAAUCUGGAGCGGCUGGCGCCCACGCUAUCGAAGCAGACGGCCGACAUGCUUUGGCGAGCACGUGGAUGUCACUUGAAUGCCUUGGAGGGCUUCCCGCUGUUUGCGGCUGCCAUGAUCGCAGGAACUUACACCAACCUCAACGCCAAGGACCUCAACGUCUGCGCCGCAGAGUACCUCACCGCCCGGGUGCUGUACAGCGUUCUGUACAUGACGCUCCGGAGCGAGCGGGCCAGUUACCUCCGUACCGCGGCGUACGCGUGGAGCAUUGGCGUUCCCCUCUACGUCUUCUGGAAGGCAGGGUGGAAAUUGGCCAAGGGACAGGCACAGGCACAGGCAUAG